CAAAAUAAAACUAACCUAUUUUAUGUAUAUGCUCAGCACAUCAACAAUUCGUAGAUGGAUUUCCAACAAAUUUUAAUAUUUAAAUUAUUUAAUUAAAAUGUGGAUUCAGGUAUCGCGUAUUGGGAGUUCACAGCAGACAGAAUAAUAUUACGAGUACACGUGUGACGUGUGUCAAUUAACAAUUAGUGGUCGGGUGAUGCCCAGUGUUACGUGCACUUAUUAUAUCUUAUCGGAGUUCCAUCGGCAUUCGAACGACGACGAUCGAUAUUUAGAUAAAAUCAGGUUAAUCACACAGGCAAUUACAUGUUAUUAAUAAUAACUUAUUAUAAAUGGUACCUAAAUAUAAUGUUGUUUUGUUAUACUCCCCAUGCACGAUUAAUACAUAUAUAAUAUAUUUGAUAAAAUCAAUUUUAAAACUUAUAGUCAAAAAUCUAAAAUAACAACUUGAAUGCCAAUAUUCAAAAUUAAAAUUAUUGUUCUUGAAAAUUUUGGGUGGGCCCGGGCCCAGCCGGUCACCCUCUGGAUCCGCGCCUGAUACAUAGGGGCACAAUAAGUAUAUAUGAUAAGAGUAGGAACACAUAUCGUAUUAAGUAUUAAUUAAAUAAAUAAGUUUAACAAUUAAUAAAAAAUACAAAUAUUUACAUGAAACGCUUAAUGUGUGAGAAGCCAUCCAUUAAUGACACACAUUGAUGAUAAUUAUUUUUUUUUAAUUAUUAUAAAGGGGGGUCAAGAAGGUCACGGCACCAAUUACGUUUGAGACGCCUGGGCAGAUUACCAGGAGUGGAAGGAACUGCAAGAUUGCGUAUUAACGGGUUAUGGUUGGAGGACAGACGAAAAUGAAACUGUAGUGAGCUUUAGCUUCUUCUUGGACUGAUUAUUUAUAUUAACUAAAAAUAAAUUAUGUUAUCGAAUUUUUUCCCAAUUCAAACAUGUUUAUUUAUUCCAUUAUAUAUUUAUAAACACCUAGUAUUAUUAUUUUCGUUAACCGACAUUAUUCAUUAUUGAUAUUAACCGCGAACAAAACAACUCACAAAUAACCCUUUUUGACCAGUUUUAUUAGUUUAUAUAUACAACAAAAUAGGUUGACCUCGUUUUAAAUUGUUCAGCUGACCGUUAGACAUUGUAAAAUAUCCCUAAGAAACAUUUUAUGGUUUAUGAAAAAAAAAAAGAUUACCCUUUUCAAAACUAUAAAAUUUGUCACGGUUGAGACUGUAAUUUUACCCCUAUUGUGAUUCAAAUACACCUUUUACGAGAAUAGAAAAAAAUCUUGUUUCUCAUACAUUUCUUAUUCAUUAGUUAACUAGUACAGGAACAUGCAACUUGUAUAUUGAUCAAUUUUUUUCAAACUAUGAUGAACAUAGAUAAAGUUGAUAAUCGCGAAUGCAUUUUAGAUUAUGGAGCUAAAAUAGAUGCAGCUAUAAUGAAAUCACUGUAUAAAGAAUAUGGAAUAAAGCAAGGUGAAUCUAAACCGAUUACACACAUAGAUUUUGCAGUUCAAGUUAAUAACCAAAAUAGCCCAACAAAAAUACAUGAACAUUUUAAAAUUGAUAAUUCAGCUUCUGCAGAUAAUGAUAUUAUUGGAAUGAUGUGGGAACCAGAAUUAGAUUUUGUAGAUGAUCCAGAAUGCUUUAAUGAGUUUAAAAAUUAUGAUAUUCCAAUGAGAUUUAUGUGUGGUGUGUGUUUAGGUCAAUUUCGCACUAGAUGUGCUUUAGAUAUUCACUUCAGAGCUCACAGAGGGGAAAAACUAUUUAAAUGUGUAUUAUGUGAUAAUAUAUUCAACGAAUUAGCUGCUUUAAAACAACAUCGAGAAUUACACAACAUAAAUGAAUUGGUUACAUGUGGAAUUUGUGGAUUAGUUUUUACAGAAAUGUAUCAUAUGAUAAAACAUAAAAAAAAGUAUCAUUUUAAUGAAUAAUAAAACAAUUUAUUUGUCUAUGCUCAAUAGACUUGGGAAAUAAAUACAUUUAUUAUACAAUGAAACAUUUGGUUUCUUUUUAUUGAAAAUUAUCUUAUUUUAUUCUCUAAACAUGAAAAUUGGUAAUUUUAUAACAUUAUGAUACCA